UAAUAUAUAAGACACUAAAGAUGCUUAAUAAAUUAAUGUUUAAACAGCUAUCUACUAUUUUUGGUAUGCCUUAAAAUACGUGUUUAAUACAAAUGUCUUUUUGCAUAUUUUUGGCGGUGAACAAUGAUUAGUUUCACAUAUUGUACCGUAUCAGUAGACAGUCGGCUAAUUGCUCUCGUUGCCUCCACGAAAAAUCACUUUAUGUUAUCAAAAAUGAUAAGGCCUAAGAUAUUCUCUCGAUUCUACAGUACGGUUGGUUUUUUAAAGUAAGCGCACCCUUCAAUCUCUUCAGGAAAUCUACUUAACUAUGGUUUAUUGCACAAUCGUUAAUUAAAUUCCAUUUCAUUAAAACAAUCAUUUUAUCGUCAAAAAUUGUUCGUAUACCACUGAAACAAGAGACUUCGAGUUAUGCCUACGUAAUUUGUGUAACAGAGCAGUUAGAUGAUAAAUAAUAAUUUCAAUUUAAUUGUAAAUUAUUAAAAAUUGAUCUCAACUAUUGCCUUAUUCAAGCAGUUGGAAAUCAUUUUUUAAUUAACUUCCUAUAUUAUAAUUUAGUAAAUAAUAUUAUUGACAGCAGUCACUACAAGUGUACUCUAAUGACAGACAUUUUAACUAUCCAAAACAUUUUCAGUGCAAAAGUCUAUUAGACUUAUGAAAUAAAAAAUACAUAAAUAUUUUUAACAAAUGGGCAUUGAGUAAAUAAAUCACAUUUAUUAAGUAUUCAAGGAAAAUGUACCACGUAAAAUACUUCAUUGGCGGUAAAUCAAAUAUCUUUCUACAGAAAAAUAUUUACCAGAAAUUAAUACCAAAGGACUUGAGCAUAAUGUCAGCUAACAUAAAGAAAAAUAUGUUCACAAAACGAUAUAAAUUUACAGUUGCAAAAAUUGUAGAUGAUAAAGAAAUUGUGCAAGAACAUAAAUAUGUAUCUGGAUUGCACAAUUUUUCUAAUGUUAAUUUAUAUACAUCUCGUACUCAUACAUGUAACCAACUAAGAACUGAAGACUCAGGAAAAUCAGUUAUUCUUUGUGGUUGGGUAGAAUAUAUACGGUUGAAUCGUUUUAUAAUUUUAAGAGAUGGCUAUGGUUCAACACAACUCAUAAUUCCUGAAAACGCAAGCACUGAAUUGAAUGAUUUUGUUGGAAAAAUACCUCUAGAAUCAGUUUUGAUGUGUCAUGGUAGUGUAAAAUUAAGACCCGCUGAUGAAAUAAACAAAAAUCAAGCAACAGGAAUGAUAGAAGUAUUUGUUGAUAAAUUACAGCUGCUUAAUGCUGUGGAUACCAAAUUACCAUUUCAACUACGGAAAUUUAAUAAGGCCAAUGAAUCAUUAAGACUAAAAUAUCGUUAUGUGGAUUUACGAUAUCCUGAAAUGCAGUAUAAUUUGCGUCUAAGAUCAAAGUUGUUGAUGAAAAUGAGAGAAUUUCUGAUUAAUCAUAGAGAGUUUGUUGAAGUAGAAACUCCUACAUUGUUCAAAAAGACUCAUGGUGGUGCACAAGAGUUUAUUGUUCCCACUCACGAAAAAGGAAAAUGUUAUUCAUUGGUUCAAAGUCCUCAGCAAUUAAAACAAAUGUUGAUGGUUGGUUCCAUAGAUAGAUAUUUUCAAGUUGCAAAAUGUUACAGAGAUGAAGGUGCUAAAUCUGAUAGACAGCCAGAAUUUACCCAACUGGAUAUUGAAAUGUCAUUUACUGAUCAAAAUGGUGUCAUGUUACUCAUUGAAGAGUUGUUAUCAUUUAUUUGGCCAUCAGAAUUAGGAAAAAUAAAUACACCAUUUCAUCGAAUGUCGUAUGAAGAAGCAAUGGUAACAUAUGGUAGUGAUAAGCCAGAUAUCGGACGUAGUAAAAAAAUUUCAAAUUGGACUAAGUACUUACCAAGUGCAUCAAAUGAAGUUUUUGCACUUGUUUUAAAAAAUUCUGAAAAUAAAUUGUCGAAGAAACAAAAAAAUGAUUUGGAAACAUUAAUAUCCACCAAUUACCCAGGUGUUAAAUUCAGUCUCUUAAAUAUAAAAUCAAUAAAAACAUUCAAAGAAAAUCUUCAAAAAAUGUUCAGUGGAAUUGACGUAACAGCUGUAGUAGAUGCUCAUAAUAUAUCAGAACAUGAUUUCGUAGCUAUUGCUCGUGGCUCAAAAUAUAAAGCUCUAUCAGCAUUGGGUAAAAUAAAUGAGCAUUUCAAAGUGGAUAAUUCAUGUGAUGACCGUUGGCGCUUUGUUUGGAUAGUUGACUUUCCGUUAUUUGAAAUGGAUUCUAAUCAAAAUAUUCAAUCUGUUCAUCAUCCAUUCACUCAACCACAAACAGAAAUUACUCCCAAUAACUUAUUAGAGGUCAAAGGGUUCCAUUAUGAUUUGGUAUUGAAUGGGAACGAGGUAGGAGGAGGUUCAAUUCGUAUACACGAUGCUAAUCUACAAACAAAAGUUAUCCAAUCAAUUUUAAAUAUACCUAUUGAAACUAUUUCUCAUCUAGUUGAAGCAUUGAGGUCUGGUUGUCCUCCACAUGGAGGAAUAGCUUUAGGUGUUGAUAGAUUACUAUCAAUUUUGUGUAACACAAAUAGCAUUCGUGAUGUUAUUGCUUUUCCUAAAACUUUUGAGGGAAAAGAUCUCUUGACUGGAGCUCCAACAGAAAUCACUACUGAAGAUAAGAAAAGAUAUCAUUUAAAAUUUGACAAUACACAAAAAACAUAAAUACAUAUUAAUAAUAAUCAUAAGUAUAUUGAUUGAUUGACUGAUUGAAAUUGAACUCUUUAGAAUUGAUUAUUUUGCUCACAUUUGUAUAACUGACAUUAUUUCACCAUGUAUCACACACAUCUACAUUUACGCUCUCGUAGUGUUUAAAAUCAGUUAUAACAUUUUCUUGAACAGUCAGUUGUUCAAUACAUCCUCGAAAAUUGUUUUUAAAUAACUCUUGUUUAUCAUUUAAGAAAAAUUUCUCUUCUGGAACACCUCCU